UCCGGUGUGGGACGAACCUUUCCCCUCUCUCUCUCAGUCUUCUCCCGGCGCGGCUUGGAACGGAAAAGCACGUCAAGAACAUUGUUUUUACGUCUCCUGUAGGGAAGCGGACGGCUGGUGGUGCAUGGAGGGAGAGGCCUACGAGGUGCGGCGUUUGCAGGAUGGUGGGAAGUGAGGACAGACGUGAGGCAGACCAGCAGGAGUGAACCAUGGGGCCGCGUAAUGUGCAACAGGUCCUAACAGAUGCUGAGGGCAGCGAGGAGGGCGACGGCGGCGGCGGCACAGGCGGAGAGGGGGGCGGCGGAGGAGGUGGAGGCACUGGCUGGGAAUGGUGGAGGGCGGCGCUGUGUUGCUGGAAGGAAGAACAUCCUCGCCACGCCUGUUGUCGCUGCUGCUACUACUGCUGUUAUUGCUGCUGCUGCUGUGACAAGGAUGACAAAACAAUAUCAAACACACGCAAGGCGGACAUACAGUAUAUACUUCAGAUGGUAUUUCUCACACUGCACCUUGGUGCUCAGCUGGACGGUAGCUUCCACAGUGAUGCUGCAGCUCUGAUCCACUUUGCUAUGAUCGAAGCACGAUGGCUGAAAUUUGGCAUCGGGGGACGAAAACCACUAUCGGGGCAUCAAUCGUGCGUGAUCGGGGUGUUUCGGGGGUCAUCGGGCAACAGACGGCGCAUGCGGGCGUUGCGGGGGAUGUCCGGGCAUCGGGGCAAAAAUUUUGAACCUGUUCAAAAUUUUCAGCCGACUGGCCGACAAAUGUCAAACAGCGGAUUUGUAGGAGUCCCCUGUGGCAAGGUAACGCAGGGUGAUGGCAACCCGUGUGCUAGGGUCGAUGGGUUUCCGCCAUCUACUAGUCUUCCUCUCGAUGAUUGGGGUCACGGCCUCGACGAUGCUGUCAAAGAGCUCCCUGUCCAUCCUGGUGUAAUUCUUGUACAGGUCUGGGUUCUCCUUAUACAAUUCGUCCAUGAGGGUGUCGUAGUGUCCAUACCUCAGUCUUUUCUGGAGCCCCGAUUCCAAUCGUGCCUGUCGGGGCACCACAAUCGUGUAUGUGUGAGUCCAGCAUUAGCCGUGAAGGAUCUCAAGUCGGAUAUUUACCACCAGAUCGAACUCCGGCGGUCCAACUCGGUCUCGUCCCGCCAGCUUCCUGUGAUAGACGUGCGUCCCAUCGAGUUCUGGUCUGGGGUGCGAGGUGAGGGAGUGCAGCCGCGCCUUCCGGGCCCCGUCAGGUCACCCGUGGCGCCCAGGUCACCCCGCUGGUCCUCCAAAGCCACUGAGUGUGAAAGUUUAACCAAGAUCCGACCCCACCUCUACGCCUCUACCUCCUCCUCACUGGAAGAAGGCCCAGAUGAGGACCAGCUAGGAAGGAUCCACUUCUCACUCCACUAUGAUGCACUGGCCGCCGUUUUGCGAGUUAAGGUGAUAGAGGCAAUGGAUCUUCCGCGACCAGCGUGUAAAGACCGCAACGACCUAGCUCACUCCAACCCCUAUGUCAAGGUGUCCCUCCUUCCUGACACCAAGAACUCACUCCAGACUUCAGUGAAGAAGAAAACACAAGAUCCACUGUUUGAGGAGACAUUUACAUUUGAGGUGCCAUAUAAAGAAGUGGUGCGGCGGACUCUGGAGCUCAAGGUGAAAGACUUUGACAAGUUUUCCCGUCACUGUGUGGUGGGCCAUGCACUGCUACCCCUUCAGAAAGUCAAUCUGGCCCGGUCAUCACGGCACUGGCAGCCCCUCACUCCCUGCAACCUAGAGACUGAGGAAUAUGGAGAGAUUCUGUUGUCCCUCAAUUACCUACCCACUGCUGGAAGACUUAAUGUGGAUGUGAUCAAGGCAAAGCAGCUGCUCCAGACUAACUUAGUUAGAGGGGCAGACCCUUAUGUGCGAGUGUCAUUAGUGGUGCGCGGGAGACAUCUCAAGUCCAAGAAGACCAGUGUAAGGAAGAACACCCUCACACCAUCCUUCAAUGAGUCUUUUAGCUUCCAUGUGACAUCUUCUGAGCUGCGUGAGGCAUCCCUGGUCAUCACUGCCUGGGACUGGAAUGGAGGCGUCAUGAGAGACGAGUUCAUCGGACGUGCUGUCCUGGGAAAGCAACCCUCAGGUCCCAAUGAGAUGACCCACUGGACCAACAUGAUGGGGUCACAGAGACAUGCAGUGGCUCAGUGGCACUCCCUCCAUGCACGCAGCCACUGUGACCAGGUGUCCUCAGCCUCUCGCGCAGUGCCCUGAAGAUUGAUAACAUGGGUGACAUCAGAUCACAGCCAAAAAACAAGGUAAUCUUUAGUAGUGGCAAAUCACACCUGCCCUGUCCAAAGCCCAUCCCUGCUGUGAUGAACAGCAUUUUUUAGGAUGACAUGGCCGGUGGCUAGUGCUGGCUCAGAAUUCCAUACUGUAUUGCACAGGGGAAAACAAUGAGUAGCAAAGUAGAUCUGGUGGUGCACAAGGUUGCCAUUACAGUGGUGCUGUAGUACCUGUUUCCAAGUCAUCUGACUACAUACUUUAUUGUGUUUCAGCUCUUCUCUGGUUUAUAUAGAUUAUGUAUCAAUGUAUUUUUCAUCAGUCCACUACUUUAACCUAAGGUGAAAAAAUCAUUUAGUCCAUUACAGUUCAAGCAGUACUAAUAUAUCAGCCUUGUGAAUAUUCUAUGGUACUGUAACUGCCUCUGUGUUGUGUCAGUGUUGUGAGGCCUCAGGAAAGUGUGCUGCCUUUCCAAAGCUGUUUCAUAAAUGCAGCCCUGUCCCCUUAUGUUAUGGAAACACUGCUAUUGACCAUCAGCCAAUGAUUUGUUACUGGCAGUCCUUAUAUCUCCAAGUCUUCUUACUGUGUUAGCUUGGGUUACUUUAACAUUAAACUACAUCAGGAGUGCUGUGGAUAUAUAGAUAUUAAUGAAUAUUUAUGU